AUGCAAGUUUCAUUUCUCCUCAUUUUGGCAUCGUGUACCUUGGGAAAUGCCUUUUUGUACGAAUUCCUGCUUCAAUUUCCCAAACACGCACUAUGGGCUGCUUACAAAGUAAAAUACGGCAAAAAAUAUUCGUCGUCUGAAGAGAAUUCGUGUAUAGAUGCUUUUUGGAAAAAUGCAUUGGAAAUACGGGCUCAUAACAAAUUGUAUGCCCAAGGUCUCGUUUCGUGGAAAAAGGACUUGAAUCCAUUCUGUGAUCGAGAUCCAGCGGAGUUUAUUCAGAAAAAUACGGGUUUAAUUGUGGAAGAAGUUGCUCCUAACUUGGAAGCGGGAAAAAAUGUAACUAAGGUCGAAGAGGAGGAAAAAGAGCCUUUAUUAAAAUCGUCGAAUGUAGCAAUUCCCGCCGAAUACAACGGAUGCAAAGCCAUCCCGAAUUGGUAUGUUCGUGAUCAAAAAAAUUGCGGAACAUGUUGGUCCUUUUCCGCUUUGGGAUCCAUCGAGGCAGCUUACUACAAGAAAAACUCCGUUCUCCUAAAUUUAUCGGAGCAAUAUUUAACUGAUUGCGUUUACGACAGAGAUGGUUGUAACGGCGGAUGGAUGCCCAAAGCUUAUGACUACAUCAAGAAUGUCGCGAACGGAAUUGUGGAUGAGACAAGUUAUCCCUAUACCUAUCGCUACACCUACACGGAGGAAAAGUGCAAAGCAAACGAUAAAACGCGCGUCGCUAAACUCGGACCGCAAGUUUCAUAUUUCACUGUGGCAUCUGACGAUAACUCCAUCAAGCGAAAAGUCAUGGAAGUUGGCCCGUUAGCAGUUGCAGUCGAUUGUUCGGACUGGGUGAAAUACAAAUCAGGAAUUUACAGCAGCGACACGAGAACGUUCGCGGCAAAUCAUGCAGUUUUGAUUUGCGGAUGGGGCACUUUCAGAAAUACCCCUUAUUGGAUUUUGCGAAACUCAUGGGGUCCGGAUUGGGGUCUUGAGGGUUACAUUUGGGUAAACGCACAACGAAGUACCAAAGACGCUAAAAUCACGAAAGGAGGACUUUUUACGCAAUACGUCUUCUAUCCAUCAUUGGCUUAGUUAAUGAUAACAGAAUAUUUUUUUAAAGGUAAAUAAAAUUUUCAAGAACUGCAAA